CUGCAGGGAAUCAAGGCUGGGAGGAGAGGGCUGUCAACAACCGCGACAAAUCGUCAAGACUACUUCAUUUGACCUGAUUCCACUUUCCUUAACCUGUUCCUCUUCUUGGUUCGUGCGAUGGUUGACUUUAUUUUCUAGUUUUGAUGGCAAGAGAGUGGAAGCGACCUGCAUUGUCUCUCUGCGUAGAUCUGCCUCACUCUCCAUUCUGCCAAAACAGUGCGAUUUUUGUUUGAAGCAUUGUUUAGGUAGUGUAUCGGUAACGGUUUGAUCAUUUAGCUGGUUAUCUAUAUAGUUAGUCGCUCAUAAUAGCUGCAGUUAUUAGAUUUUAAUUUUGUAGUUUAUCUUUUGCCGUCAUGCUUUAUUGUAACGCGGUUAUAGCAGGCUAAAGAAACAUGAAGUUUCUUAGGUGAAAUCCUUGCUGUGGCAUGCUCUGAUGCGCAAUAGACCUCCAUUAGCAAUUGGCUAGUCUCUUUUACCAAUACGUAUCCCCAUCAAACCAAGAUAAACAAUUUUGUGGACGGAAGUCUAAGUGCACGAUGAGGUCCCUCCAGGACUUUUUGAAUUGCACUUAAAAAGGAGAGCGAAGGCGAGACAGAGAGAGGGGCUUCAGGAAGCGACGCCUGCCAACCCUUAAAAACACCAAACAUACUCGCCUCAUCUUAGCCUUUGAAAAGAAGAAAACUCUUGAUUAGGUUGCUAGAAUAUUUUUGAUAUAGACGUUCUGAUUUCUCAGUAAACUAAAGGAAGAUGAAGAAGUUUCGGAAGGUACUGGAUGGCCUGUCCUCCUCUCAGGGGGCUGUCGCGUCCCCGUCAUGCAGCAGUGCAGCUGGUACACCGCCCACUCCCCAGGAUAUCCAUGUCCAUGAGACGCUAGUCUCGGAGAACUUUCACAUAUGCAAGACGGUACGCCAUGGCUUCCCCUACAAGCCCACCUGCCUGGCAUUCGACCCAGUCCAGAAGAUCCUGGCCAUUGGCUCCAGAACAGGAGGCAUACGGAUACUGGGCCGGCCUGGUGUGGACUGCUACAGCCAGCAUGAGAGUGGAGCCGCUGUUCUCCAGCUACAGUUCCUCAUCAAUGAGGGAGCCCUGGUCACAGCAUGUGCAGAUGACACACUGCACCUGUGGAACCUUCGCCAGAGACGCCCAGCCAUCCUGCACUCGCUCAAAUUCAACAGGGAGAGGAUCACGUUUUGCCACCUCCCCUUCCAGAGUAAAUGGCUGUACGUGGGCACAGAGCGUGGCAACACACACAUCGUCAACGUCGAAUCCUUCGUUCUGUCUGGAUACGUCAUCAUGUGGAACAAGGCCAUAGAAUUAGCAACUAAAGCCCAUCCAGGGCCCGUAGUCCAUCUGAGUGACAGCCCGAAGGAUGAAUGCAAGUUGCUGAUAGGGUUUGAAAGUGGAACAGUAGUGCAGUGGGACCUCCGAGCCAAGAAAGUUGACUUCAGAAUCUACUACGAUGAAGCUAUCCAUUCUGUGAGCUGGCACCAUGAAGGGAAGCAGUUCAUGUGUAGCCACUCAGACGGCAGCCUGACUAUGUGGAACCUGAGGAACACAGCCAGGCCUAUUCAGAUCACAUAUCCUCAUGGGAAGAUACUGAAGGAAGGGAGGAAGGAGUCGUGUAAGCCCAUCCUCAAGGUGGAAUACAAGACCUCCAGAAACAGCAGUGAGCCCUACAUCAUCUUUUCUGGGGGUCUGUCGUACGACAAGGUUGGGGGGCGGAGACCCACCCUGACCAUCAUGCAUGGCAAGGCCGUCACGGUGCUGGAGAUGGACCACCCUAUCGUAGAGUUCAUGGUGCUCUGUGACACCCCAUACUCCAACGAGAUCCAGGAUCCCUAUGCAGUGGUGCUGCUUUUAGAAAAGGACUUCAUCAUGGUUGAUCUGACACAGAGCAAUUUCCCCAUCUUUGAGAACCCAUACCCCAUGGACAUCCACGAGUCUCCUGUCACCUGUACGGCCUACUUCGCCGAGUGUCCCCCGGACAUCAUCCCAGUCCUCUACUCCGUAGGAGCCAAGCAGAAGAAGACCGGCUACAGCCACAAGGAGUGGCCAGUGAGUGGCGGUACGUGGACGUUAGGCUCACAGACCUACCCAGAGGUCAUCGUCACAGGACACGCAGACGGAACCGUAAAGUUUUGGGACGCUUCUGCAAUUACGCUCCAGAUGCUGUACAAGUUGAAGACGUCUAAGGUGUUUGAGAACCCCAAUGCGGGUGAAGGCCGGGCGGUCGAGCUGGUAGAGGAGGACCCUUACGCCAUUCAGAUGGUCAGCUGGUGCCCACAGAGCCGUCUCUUCUGUGUGGUGGGCAUCUCUGCCCACGUCAUCCUCUACCGCUUCAGCAAACACGAAGCCAACACAGAGAUAGUGUCACUAGAAGUGCGUCUGCAGUUUGAUUCCGAGGACGUCAUCUCCCCAUCAGAGACGGAGAACAACCCGUGUUGCUCGGACCCCAGUUCCCACUCCCCCCAGAUGCCCGGUAGCCCCGGCAAUGACUCACAAGACAGCCUCCACUACCUCAAGGUGAAGAAUCGUCCAGUGCGGAUGCCCCCGGGGUACCAGGCUGAGUUGGUGGUGCAGCUGCAGUGGGUGGAUAGAGAGCCCCCCCAGCAGAUCACCAGCCUGGACAUCAACUCUGCCUAUGGCCUUCUAGCAUUUGGGAGCUGCAAUGGUCUAGUGAUGGUGGACUACAUUCAGAAGACCAUCCUGAUGUGUGUGAGCACGUUGGACCUGUACGGAGCCGCUGACCCCUACCAACGUCUCACACGCUCCCCACGCAAGAACAGACAGUCCACCUCAGGUCUAACGGAACUGUCCGACAACCAGGUGUCCAUGGACAUGGAGAGAAGCAAGUCGCCCACCUCAGAUCAUGUCAAUGGACAUUGCACUAGCCCCACCUCCCAGCCAUGCUCCGUGGGGAAGUCUCGCAUUCCAGGGGCUCCUGAGGGCUCGCGGCUCACCCGGAGAGGGCCCGGCCGACCACCCUUCCGCAAGGCCCAGUCUGCCGCUUGCAUGGAGAUCUCUUUGCCUGUUUCCUCCCUCACGGAAGAAAGCAGAGAGAAUUCGUUCAGCCGCUCGCGGAGCUCCAGUGUGUCCAGUAUCGACCGCGACACCAAGGAAGCGGUGACCACGCUGCAGUUUGGAGAGUCCUACGGUCGUAAAGCUGACUCCCUGCCCACCGCCUGCCUGUGGGUGGGCACCAGCCUGGGUGUGGUCCUCCUACUGCCCAUAUCCAUCCCCACAGAGAAGGAGAGGCUGGAGGAGCCUGUCACCAUGGGGCCCAGCGGUACCAUCCUGAUGCUGAAGGGCUCAGUGCUAUGCUUUUCCUUCCUGGACUGUGGGGGCACUCUUAUCCAGAGUCCCUACGAGGUAUGGCAGGAACCCAACGUCCCCGAGGACCCCGACGAGCCCCGCAGGCGCAAGCUGGUCAACUUAUCCCCACUGUCUUCCCAGGAGGCAUGUGGGGACGGUCACCUGGCCGUGGUGUGUUCUGAGAAACAGGCCAAGGUCAUCCUCAUGCCUACCCAGGCUGUCCUGUUCACACACAACGUCACAGAGUCUUCCUUCCUCCUGCGGGCUGACGUUGUCUCCGUCUGCAACAGCGUCUGCCUGGCCUGCUUCUGCGCCAACGGACACGUCAUGACCCUCAGUUUGCCCAGUCUUAGACUCCUAAUGGAUACUAACUACCUUCCCCUGACGGACGUGCGUAUCGCCCGCACCUUCGUCUUCACCAACGGCGGUCAGGCUCUGUACCUGACCUCUCCUACAGAGAUACAGCGCAUCGCAUACAGCCAAGAGAUGACGGACAACCUGCAGGACAUGCUGGGUGAGCUCUUCACUCCUAUAGAAACGCCAGAGGCCCAGAACAAAGGAUUCCUCAAGGGCUUCUUCGGGGGCAAUACCCAGACCUUCGACAGAGAAGAGCUGUUUGGGGAGGCAGCAGCAGGUAAGGCCUCUCGGAGCCUGGCCCAGCACAUCCCUGGUCCAAUGGGAUUGGAGAACGUGAGGGCUGCAGCCGGCGGGGUGGUGGGGGACCUGGCCCGAGCCCGCAUCGCCCUGGAGCAGAGAGGAGAGAGACUGGGAGAGCUGGAGGAACGCACCACCCUCAUGUUAAAAAGCGCAGAGACCUUCUCAACACACGCCCACCAGGUAAUGCUGAAACACAAGGACAAGAAAUGGUAUCAACUUUAAAGUAGGACAGCGGGCCACGACUGCUGAUGCUUUGCUGGGACAUGGACCAUCACUCUACAGAUGAGAGAAAGAGAAAGAGAAAUAGAAAGAGAGCGAGAGAGAGAGAAAUUACUUUGUGUUUAUGGGCCUCUCUGCAGGAUGUCUGUACAUCAUUGUCACAAGACUUGGACAGAGGGCGGUCACUGAGAUGGACACAGACCAGGAAGUACGUUGGUAAGACAGGGGAACCCAGGAAGUGGAUGAUGACAGUCCAUCAGUGUGUGGGGGUGGGUUACCCAGAUCUUGCUGUGUAGAUACUCUAACGUUAUGAAACCAACGAGACUGCAUUAAACAAAAUGGAUGACUACUGAUAACAUACAACUGCCAUAUCAAAAAGCAGCAUGCUACUUUAAGAAAUACUAAAUAUAAUGUGUAUUUAAUAAUAUAAGCCAACAAAAGAAAGUGUGAUUUUUUUUUUAAAUAUUUUUUGAAAUAUGAAAAUAUAUAUAUAUAUAAAAAUGAAAAUGUAUGCCUGCAUUGCUAUAAAGCCAAACGUUUUUUUGUUGCCUUCUUUAUAACUCUCAUGAGGUUUUUUUAACACAUAUAAUUUCUGUAUCAACACUUUAUUUUCCCAAUAUUAUACUCAUGAUGAUAUUCAUAUUCCAUCAAAUCUCUUGGGUCUAAACAGUGCAACAAAACAAAAACACAAGUCUUUCAAAACGUAUUACACAUUCUGAACGACUACACUUCACCAACACUCAUUUCAUUCUGUUGUGUGCUGCUACUUACAGUACUUUACCUGUUAGCUAAAACAUUUCAGCCACAUGAUGGAAAUGUAUGAACACAGAGAACAGAUGUGUAAUGUGUGAAUGGUAAUAAGUUGUGUUGGCUGAGGGGCCGUGGUGAAAGUAGCCUGUGUUGGCUGAGGGGCCGUGGUGAAAGUAGCCUGUGUUGGCUGAGGGGCCGUGGUGAAAGUAGCCUGUGUUGGCUGAGGGGCCGUGGUGAAAGUAGCCUGUGUUGGCUGAGGGGCCGUGGUGAAAGUAGCCUGUGUUGGCUGAGGGGCCGUGGUGAAAGUAGCCUGUUAUUGAGUGUGUUUAUAUUUAUAAAAAAUGAUUAUUCACGUGCCAUAUAAUCAAUACUGGCCAAGCCCUUUACUUUAAACUAGCAAAGAGUUAGUCUAUGUGGUAAUAUUGAUGUUUGCUGUAGAUGAGAUUGGGGGAGACUAACCUUUCAGUAUGGUCAUUGAUUGGUCGUCUUUCGUUGUCAACUGAGUUUCUGGUUCUUUUGACAGAAUUCUGAUAUUCUUCUUUUUUUUUCCUGUUUUGUUUCGUUGGUGUUUUGUAUAGUUCUUCACUGGGAAUCUUCUGCCUGUCUUUGUCAUAUCGUGUAUGAGUUGGUUAAGUCAGUGUGUGACUCACACACGCCCAUGUAAAGACAAAAAAAAAACUCUUACACUUUCUUCUGCCGAAAAGCAAUUCAACAUGAAUGAAGCCCACGGACGGAGGAGUGUAUCAUAAACAUGUUAUUGUGGAUGGCUGGGAGUGUAUCAUAAACAUGUUAUUGUGGAUGGCUGGGAGUGUAUCAUAAACAUGUUAUUGUGGAUGGCUGGGAGUGUAUCAUAAACAUGUUAUUGUGGAUGGCUGGGAGUGUAUCAUAAACAUGUUAUUCUGGAUGGCUGGGAGUGUAUCAUAAACAUGUUAUUGUGGAUGGCUGGUAGUGUCUCCGGACUGGUACUCUCUUAUUAAAUAAGAGUAGGCCUAGCUAGAAGACUUGAGUUAUAGUGUGGUCCAUUUAAACACUACUACCAACCCAGAACAGAGGUAUCCUUCGUUCGGUGCGUUUGCCUGCUGGAUACAAUCUAGUAGUAGCCUACCGUCGUCAGCCUUGCAGUGUCAGUCGUCAUUGGCACCGAUAGUAUACAGGCCUUCUAUGUCACAUAUAAUGAAUUCAGACUGGUAUGAAUUUUAAGCAAAUAUGAUUUGUUUUACUUGUCUGUUUUUCUUGAUGACCUUAAAUGUAACCCAUGUUACCCUUUUAGUGGAUAGUGGUAGCGUCUUCUCUCCUGAAGAUUGUUCUAUGAUAUUGUGUUACUGUUGUUGUUAUUGUUGUUGUUAUUGUACAAGUCAAUAAAUGUACACGUAACACUGACAAAUCCUCACUGGUCAAAAAGUGACAUGACUACACCAUUGUUUUUUUUCUCUACAGUUUCUAAAUGUUAUGUUAGUAUUUUCAAAUAAUACACAAGUCAAAAUGAUUGUUAUGACCACAAAAAUCACUCACCCUCCCUCACCGAUGCUCAAAUGUCCACCUAUGUCCACCCUGCCUUGAACCACAGAAGGAUUGUUACCAUAACCAUACAGUCACCAUUCUCCCACACAGAAUAUGUUACACAACAACAAUAUAGCUCACACACACACACACACACACACACACACACACACACAGGUUAAAACGUGUACCAUCGCUAUUAAUUUGACUCUGCUUCUUCUCAGGCUAGUGAGACAUUCCUGAAGGAAAGACAACCUACUGUGCUGAGAGCAAGUCAGUCCCAGAGCUCAUAUCAUACAGCGUUGGAUUCUAAAGCCUGCUACUACAGUAUUUGGUGGCUUUACAGGCUAAUGUGAAGGACAUUGUCCAUAACUGAGUGUGGUGGUCAUAGAAAUAUAGUCUAUAGAUUAUAUCUCAGUAUUUACUUUACUGUCCAUUAGAUUUGUGUUUGAGUUAGUAACAGUGCAGUUAACUUCAAUGGCUGAGAAAAAUAAAAAAUAUUCUACCGACUGACAAACAGGGUGUUUUUAGUAUGUUUUGGGAUUUUCUAUCAACUGUACAACAACUCUAGCUUAGGAUAUUGUUUUUCUGUAGAUGUUGUUACCUACCUGUUUAAUGAAUCAUGCUACUGAACCUGAUUUAUUAUGGUUCUGUCCAAUGUCACUGGAACCCCUGGUCCAAACAAACUGUUGUUUCCAGACCAAGACAACCGUUUGGUUCUUUUCUCAACAAUGGCAGCAAAAGUUUGUCUUGUUUAAGUGGAUUCUACCACCUGUUGAUCUUGUUGAUAUUAUAGUAGGAUAUUAGAGAUUACAGAGAAAAAAAAUAACUGAAAAUGUUUUUUGUUGUUGAUGCAAAUGGAACAUUGAAAUAAACAUUGAUUGAUGUACACA